AUGGCCAUGAACCCGAAUAUGGGCAUGGCCAACAUGAACCCGAUGGGCGGUGCUAUGGGCGGUGCGCCAAUGCCCAUGAUGAACAAUGGUGUUGCCAUGAAUCCUCAGCAGGCUGCUGCCGCCGCCGCCGCCGCGAGACAGUCACAGCUUGACAGCCAGCGCGGCGUUCUCAACACCUAUAUUUACGAGUACUUCCUCCGCUAUGAAAUGUUCGACUGUGCUCGCUCGCUGUUGUCGAGCAAUCAGCAGGUAAACGUCCACAAGGACGGAAAGAGUGGCAACACGGCCAACGGCGAAGAUCCCAUGGACACAGACUCCAAGGAUGAUUUGGAUAAGCUGCCCGAUGGCCUACCGCCUCCCAAGCUCCCCAUGCCCGCGUCCGACUCUUCGUUUCUGUACGAGUGGUUUUGUCUCUUUUGGGAUAUUUACAAUGCUCAGCGUGUCAAAGGUGGUAAUGGCACUGUUAACCAAUAUGUCGCUCACACUCAGCAACAAGAGCUUCUGCGUCAGAUGCGCCCCAGUGACCUUGCGCAACAACAAUAUCAAGCCCAGAUGAUGAGAAUGCAGAAUGGCAACAUGAAUAUGGGCAUGAAGCAGGGCAACCUUGCCCGUGCUGCCAUGGCUAAUAACCAGAAUAAUCCUCAGAUGAUGAUGCAACCAACCAAGCAAAAUCAGAUGCAGCGUGAUCCGUCUGGCAUGGAUCAAAACCGCGAUCGCCCGUCGUCACCCGCGUCCGGAGAGAAUGCGCCAUCACCUUCCAAGCGACAACGCAUCGAUGGAGGAGCACCCUUUAACCCUAACCAGCCAGGAAUGGUGGCAAAUGGCCGACCCGCUCAAGGCAUGCCCGGACAGCAGAUGCCGAACAACCCAAAUGUCGCCGCUGCUCACCAGAUGUUGACUGCCAAUGGUAUCAACCCAAGUAGUUUAAAUCCGCAACAGUUCCAGAACUUUGUCAACGCCCCGCCAGCCGCCCAACAGAAAUCGAUUGCGACGUACUCUCAGAACCUGCAACAGCACCACGGCUCCCAGAUGGGCAACAAGCAACAGAUGCCAAACGCUGGGGGGCCUCAGAACCAGGGCUCGCCCAUGAUGGGACCAGGACCAGAUGGAACUGCCCUCAAUGCCUUUUACAAUCCUACCGGUGAAAUGGGGGGCCCAGGGGGGAUUCGGCCGGGCCCUGGCGGUGCCCAAGCCGCUGCUGGGAGCAAUCACGCACUGCAGGACUAUCAGAUGCAGUUGAUGUUACUGGAGCAGCAAAACAAGAAGCGUCUAAUGAUGGCCCGGCAGGAACAGGAUACCAUUACUGGUAUGCCCGCAAGAGACGGAGCUCCUCCCGGUGCUCCAGGCCAGCCAGGUCAGGGACCCAACGGCCAAUCUUUCCCCGAGGCUUCUCCGCAAGCGAUGCGAUCUGGAGCGUCACCAAACCCUGCCGACCAGAUGAAGCGUGGCACCCCCCAGAUGAACAAUUCGGGCAUACCAUCACCGGUUCCUGAAGGUGGCCAAUCGCGCGACUCUCCUAACCCUGCCAUGAACUUCAUGGGUAACCAAGUUGACCCCAACAUGGCACCUCACUUCUUCAAACCCGGCACCGACAUGACCCAGGCCCAGAUGAACGGUAUGAGGCCGCCAAGCUCACACCCGGGACAGCCAUUCAAUGGCCAGAUGAAUCCGCAGCAGAUGAUGGCCGCCCGCCAAAUGCAACAGGCACAAGGGCAACAGGGACAGCAAGCUGGCCAGGGCGCACCGGGACAAUGGCAACAGGGUCCUAAUGGCCAAACACCGCAGAUGCAACAGAACCAGCAGGUGCAAGGAACGCCGCAAUCAAGAUCGAUGGGCCCGCCUUCAGCUCCUGCCGCCACUGCGAAUGCAAAUAGCCGAACGACUGCAUCACCCCAGCAAGCUGCGGCCGCCCCUCCGACGCCAAGUCAAGGAAACAAGCCUGCGCCCAAGAAGAAGGAGACGAAGGCUGCUAAGGAAAAGCGUGCCGCUGCCGCAAAGAAGGCCAGUCAAAACGCCAACGCUGCGGGUGCUGCUACAGCAGGUGAGAACUCGGGCGAGACAGAGGCUACACCAGCGACGCCUAUCACUUCGACCAACCCGGGAUUCAACAAGAAUGCGCCGAACGGAGCUGCUGGCGCCAAUGGGCAGGCCACCACGGCCGCCACUGCUUCCACUGCUCCAGCUGCUGCACCGGCUCCUCAAGCAGCACCUGUUCCGCCUCAGACCCAUGGCGAUCCAAGUCAAAACGGAAUGAUGGACAAUUUCGGCAGUAUUAUGGAGUUUGGAUCUAUGGAGCUUGCCAACCCCCUGCAAUCCGGCGAUGUCCUGAACGACUUCGACUUCGACUCGUUCCUUCAUGAAGACAACACUGAGCCAUUUGACUUCAACGGCUUUUCCAGCAUGGAAGGAGGCGACCCGAUUGGUGCCGACUAA